UGAUAUCAAAAAAAGAAAAGAAAUUAACUAACCCCAAAAACCCAUCAAUCUCAAAACCAAUCACCUCCGCAUUUUUGUCAAAACUUGCCAAUUUCUCAAGAAACAAGAGCACACAAAAAAACAACAUCAUCAACCACAAGAACAACAACAUCAGCAACAAAAAACAACGACAACAGCUCUGUUUCUCAAUCAUUUACAAGUUCUCACCUGCAAGAACUUGAGUAACAGACAAAAUAGAUCCCUCUCCUCCCCUCCCUCCUGCCAAUAGAUUGAGCAGCACUCAUGCCUUGUUCUCGCUUGUUCAUUCUAUAAAGGUUUUUCUCAAAAAGUUGAGAAUGGUCCGAGCACUUGAAGAAGAAGAAGAUAAUUACAAGUCAAGAUUGUAUCAUUUCAAAGGGAUGCAUGAGAAUACAGGAAGGCAUACCAAGAGUUUGAGCGUUGAGAGCGCUACCGCGUUAGAGUUUCAGGACGAUGAUAAGAAGGGUUCAAGAAGUAAUGGAGCUCAAGGCUCCAAGUCACGGUUGAGCAAAGAAGAAGCCGAAGCCAGAGAAAAGCAACAACAGACAGAUAUGGAGCAGAUGAAGGAGAGGUUUGCCAAAUUGCUUUUGGGAGAAGAUAUGUCUGGUGGAGGAAAGGGUGUUUCGUCAGCUUUGGCUUUGUCGAAUGCUAUUACAAACCUUGCCGCUUCUGUUUUUGGAGAACAAACUCGCCUAGAACCCAUGUCCGCAGACAGGAAAAAGAGGUGGAGAAAAGAAAUAGAUUGGUUAUUAUGUGUGAGUGAUUACAUAGUUGAAUUUGUUCCUUCACAACAGAAAUCCAAGGAUGGAAGCAAUAUGGAGAUAAUGGUGACUCGGCAACGAACAGAUCUUCACAUGAACAUUCCUGCCCUGCGAAAGCUUGAUGCAAUGCUUAUUGACUGUCUAGAUAAUUUCAUAGACAAGCAAGAGUUCUAUUAUGUAUCCAAAGAUGCUGAUGAGAACGAGAAAGGAAAUGCAAAGAGAAAAGAUGACAAAUGGUGGCUACCUACUCCUAAAGUUCCGCCGAAUGGUUUAUCAGAAGCGGCAAGAAAAUUUUUGCAGUAUCAAAAAGAUUGUGUCAACCAAGUGCUCAAAGCAGCAAUGGCCAUAAAUGCUCAAGUUUUAUCAGAAAUGGAAAUUCCCGAGAACUACAUUGAAUCCCUCCCGAAGAAUGGAAGGGCAAGUCUUGGUGAUUCGAUCUAUCGGAGCAUUACAGUUGAAUUCUUUGAUCCUGACCAAUUUCUUUGCAGCAUGGACUUAUCAUCAGAGCACAAAAUACUGGACCUCAAAAACAAAAUGGAGGCUUCCAUGGUAAUAUGGAAGAGAAAGAUGAACCAAAAAGAUGGGAAAUCAGGUUGGGGCUCAGCCGUGAGCUUGGAAAAGAGAGAGCUCUUUGAAGAGAGAGCAGAGACCAUCUUACUCCUCCUCAAACAGAGGUUCCCUGGAAUCCCUCAAUCUUCACUAGACAUCAGUAAAAUCCAAUACAACGCGAAUGUUGGACAGGCUAUUCUUGAGAGCUAUUCAAGAAUACUAGAAAGCUUGGCCUUCACAGUCUUGUCCCGGAUUGAAGAUGUACUAUACGCUGAUUAUGCUUCUCAGAAUCCAUCACAUGUAGCAUGUAAAAGGAACAAUUUAGGAGAAUCUACACCAGUUGCAACUUCUCCAGAUAGGUCCACAAAAGAAGAGAAUUCCGGGACAGAGACACCCGGUUCAAUGACACUGUCGGAUUUCAUGGGUUGGGGAUUGGAUCAAGCUGACACUGAGGCACAAAAGGACCUAGAUGCUACAGAUGAAGGCAAAGACUUCUGUGAGGUUAAGCAUCCACAUAUGCAGAAGAUUGCCAACAUAGUGACCAACAAGAAGAUUUCCUAUCUAGAUAACUUGGGUGGAUUGAGAAGUCCAACGGCACGCCACUAACAGCAUUGACAGGAGAAAAAUCAAAGGAGUUUGAGCAAAAAAGAGAGAGAGAAAAGGAGAAACAAAAUGAGAGACGCAGCGAUGUAAAGAGCAAGAAAGCCUAGCCUUCAAAUGUAAAUUUCAGCACUCAUUGGCAUCCUUGGAGUUGUCAUCACUUAUUUUCAUUCAAUUCCUUCCUUUUGUACAUAGGGAAGAAUGAGAAAACCCAAUGGGGUGCAUAUGAAGCAUUUUGCACAUUGUUUCUUCUUCUGUAGAAGAAAUGGCUUUGUAGACUGACUGAAAAUAUAAAUUUGAUGACUUCUCUUAGACAUAUGCUCAUUUUUUUCCUUGCCCAUUUGUACUCUAAA